UAUAUAUAUAUACUUCCUUAGUUUUUUCUAUAAACACCAUAAGAAGGAAGAGGUCAGGCUUCUUGCUCAGCUUUUGUGUUUCCUCCAUUCCCACUAUCCUACUAAGUCUGAGCAUAAAUUCAGGAUCUUGUUCUUUCUUUCUUCAUACUACAACCCGUGUUCUUCCAAAACAACAGUAGUUUUCUGUAAGGUCCCCUGUUCGGGUACCCACUUCAUUCUUGAGGUAUUCGGCCACCCAUUUUAACUUUCACCCUUCUUUGUAUCUGUUGUCACUCAGUUGAACAUCUUCUUCCUCUUUUUCUUUCUCCAUCUCUAAAAUGAUAAAUGCACAUGUAACCCAUCAACCAUAACAUGCUUCUUUCUUUUUUAUCAAUUUUGCUUCAUCCAUCUUGAAUUUCUUUCGUGCUUGGUAAUCCUAUUUUGACUCAAAAUCAUGAAGAGUAUCAAGACCGUUGGCCAUGCCAUAUUUGUCAUUUUCAUCCUCUGCCUGAGUGCAAGAUGCUGUGGACAAGAAGACCUUGAUAUUGCUCCAAUGGAGAAAGCAGAGCAAGAAGCUCUGUACUCCACCAUUCAAGGCUUUGUUGGUAAUUCCUGGAAUGGCUCAGAUCUCUAUCCGGAUCCUUGUGGUUGGACUCCAAUUCAGGGUGUCUCUUGUGAUCUGUUUAAUGGGUUUUGGUAUGUUACUGUCUUGAACAUCGGACCCGUCCAUGACAAUUCUCUGAGUUGUGCUCAAGAUUUGGAGUUUAGGCCAGAGUUAUUCUCGCUCAAGCACCUAAAAUCUCUAUCCUUCUUCAAUUGCUUUCAAUCAAAAAAUAGCUUUCCAGCUACCAUUCCCGCUAGAAACUGGGAAAAACUUGCCAGCAGCUUAGAGACACUAGAGUUUAGAUCAAAUCCAGGUCUCGUUGGAAACAUUCCCUCAGGUUUUGGUGUCCUCAAGAACCUCCGAUCACUAGUAUUACUAGAAAACGGUGUAACAGGUGAAAUACCAUCAAGCAUUGGCAAUCUCGUGAAGUUGAAGAAGCUUGUUCUUGCUGAAAACUACCUUAAUGGGAGGAUCCCAGAUGUUUUUGAUGGGAUGAACGAGUUAUUAAUCUUUGAUUUGAGCAGUAAUUCGUUAUCGGGGUCUUUGCCUUCAACACUCGGAAGCUUAACUUCAGCAUUGAAGCUUGAUGUGAGCCACAAUGACCUUGAAGGGACUCUUCUAAAGGAGUUUGCUAAUCUUAAGAAUCUGACCCUUAUGGACCUUAGGAAUAACAAAUUGAGUGGUGGAUUGACCUUUUCUUUGCAAGAGAUGCAGUCAUUAGAGGAAUUGGUUAUGUCCAACAAUCCAUUAGGUGGAGACAUGAGGGCAUUAGAGUGGGAAAACAUGAAGAACUUGGAAAUUUUGGAACUCUCUAACAUGGGGUUGACAGGGGAAAUUCCUGAGUCUAUCUCAGAAUUGAAGAGGCUCAGAUUUUUGGGACUUAGUAACAACAAGCUCACUGGCAAUCUGUCACCAAAGCUGGAAAAUCUUCCUUGUCUCAAUGCACUUUACCUAAGUGGAAACAAUAUCACAGGAGAGAUUAACUUCUCGAAAGAGUUUUUGGAAAAAAUGGGAAGGCGUUUUGGGGCGUGGAGAAACCCCAACCUUUGCUACCAAGUUGGAGUAAUUUCAACAAACCAUGUUCCAUAUGGGGUAAAGCCAUGCCAGAGAGAGGUCAAUUUGUUAGAAUCUAAUUCAAAAACUGAACUGAUNUUGGGGCGUGGAGAAACCCCAACCUUUGCUACCAAGUUGGAGUAA